AUGGCGGACGCUCCUUCACCCGACUCAGCCGCCUCAAUCAAGAAAGAAUUACCCUCUACGUCCUCCGCCCCUCUGAAUAACUCAAUCCAACACACUGAUCCGACCUCCGGACCCAGCGCAUUACAUCUACUCAACAUGGGCAACGGAGCAACACCCAACAGCAACACCGGCGCAGCAAACACCCCGCGAGCAGAGUCGAAUACCCCCGCGGCGCAGGUCCGUCCCGGCGGCGCCCCCGCACGAGUAUACAUGAACGAAAAGAUAGUGCCGUACCUGCUUGAGGGGAUGAAAUCCGUCGUCAAGGAACAACCCUCAGAUCCCCUGCGCGUGCUAGGCGAGUUUCUAAUUCAGAAGAGCAACGAAGUGGAGGGCGGAGCGGUGCCCGCGAAGAAGUCGCCUGAGUAG